AUGUCGGCUAUAGAGCUACUCGCCACUGAGCUGAUUUCUCGCAUCCUCGACCACCUCUUCGCUGCAUCACAGCGGUCGCGAACCUGCGCGUUAUCCUUGUCAAGCACGUCGAAAACGCUGCGCGCGAAGACCGUCCGAUGGACCUUCUGGGAUGUUUCGAACUUGGGGAGAAAAGGAACAAGUAUGUGGCCCGAAUCACUUUGGCCUCAUUUUCGAAAAGUCUCCUUGUGGGACCAUCUCGACGCGUUGCACAGGGCUGCCUCUCUGGAGAUACUACCUUCGUCCGCUUCGCAAGCCUCCUUAUCCCAAAUGCCCUCACUUUCCCAACUUGUGGUAUACUUCCGUACCACGCUUUCCUACUCAUUCCUCGAAAGAAUCGCCGCCCUCGAUUCCCUCGUCCAUCUCGAACUCCAUUACAUCCGGCUCGAUGGCCCAAUACCCGCCAGUCUCUCAUUCCGCUCCCUAACGAGCUUGGUUCUUCGCAUAAGCGGACCACUGCGGACUCGUCGCCAGCUGGACAUCAACAGAACGGAAGAAACACGCAACCUUAUGGCCUUUCUGGGCUCCCUCUCGACAAAGCUCAUCAGACUCGAAAUAUCAGGCGACCUUCUCGUCUCGCAAUUCGGCGACAUCCGGUGGAAAUGCCUCAAACACUUCACGAUCACCGACCACCCUCCGCUUCCCUCCAUCCCGCUUACUCGCCUGAUUGGCAACAUGCGGCGGGUAGUUGAGCUGCAACUGCAUUACACGGCCGAUGUCCCCCACCACCGUUUGCCGCCGUUCCGCCUGGACGUCGGCGCCGACUCGGACGUCUUUUCUUGCCUUCCGGAGCUGGAAUCCUGCUCAUUCUCGAAUCUCGACCACGAAGAUGCAGUGUUCCGCCAACUCCCGCCCAAUCUGACGGCGCUCAAGCUUCAAGCGCUGCAUGAUGUGCCCGCAGGACCAUACCGAAGUGCCCGUCCGCAAUGGUACCUCGGGCCGCUUGGCGAUUACCCGCUGUCGACCAAGCACGCACACGCCGUCCUUCAGGCCUUGCCGCCCUUUGGCAGCCUCACCACGCUGUCGAUUGCCGGUGCACUGCAUAUACCCGGCCGCUGCUUCGGGCCACCCGUUCUCGAGUCGAUACUUGAACGGGCGCCGAAUCUGGUUUCUUUGGAGCUGGUGCAUCGACCGGAGUAUGAACAGUUCAAUCUCAUAGACUUUUCGGGAUACUCCGAGCUGCUCUUUGACUGGUUCCGGCAGCUGCGCCGCCUCGCCCACCUCAGGAUCUGCAUCGUGAUGGAGGCGAUGGAGUUCUACCCCGGCCCGCCGGUCUACGCCGCGUAUUGCCUCUUCGAGCAUGUCCCGACGCUGCGGACGGUGACGUAUCGGUUUGAGGGGUACUGGAACACGCGGCAUCCGUACGGGCUGGGCAGGCCGGUCGUUGACGCGUGGGACCGCAGCUUGCUCGCGCUGCCUCGGCCGGCCAGGGUUAUCCGGCCGGGACAGUUGAUCAUGUAA